AUGGAUAAUUUUAAUGUGCCAAGGAAAGUCAAUCGGCAUGUUUACAAGGCCGUCUCCGAAUUGCAGGAUUCGCUGGCCGGCUUUGUCUCCGCUGAUCUGAUUAAUCAGUAUGUGAAAUAUACUUUGCGACGUAGCAAGCAAUUGGUCAAUGUGGACGAGAUAAUCCACCAAUCGCUGUCCAAUCUGACUGAUCUGGGCGUUCUGGCCCGCACGGGAUCAUCGGGCUAUGCCAUUCGGCAAACCAUCAAGCGCGCCAGCAUGGAAUAUACAGGAAUACCUACAUGCGAUUUAGAUUCCAGAGCAAGCAGCAAACGCUCUUCGUCGGCAAGGAAAACAUCCGCGAAGAGCAUCAAGCGAGUAUCGAAAUCAAAGGCAAAACGAAUUCUGGGAUCGAAAUCAAAGGCAGGCCGAGACCGUGCUCCCAUCAAACGUUUGAAGAGGGAGUAUACACGCGGGGAUUCGUUAAUAUGCCUUGGUUGCCGUACGGGCAUAGCGGGCUUGGUUGAUCUAUGUAAAAUUCUUAAAGAGAAUAAUUUUCUGCAGAUGGUAAAACUAGAAAAAAUUGGAUCAAAUCCAUCCUAA